CCUCUCUCACCAAUUCCCACCACUCUUUCCCAUCUAUCCGAUCAUUUCAAACUCUAAAUGAACUCAGUUCCAACUUCAAUGAACCCGAUCAUCAGCUGGUGGAUGUUUUCACUUGAAGUAAUUUCACAUUUGGGAACACAAACCUUGUUCACUCGAUUCUUUUGCUUGGCCGCAUUUAUAUCAUUUCUAUGUCUCAGUCUCUUAACCUGGGCUUUCUCCAGCGGAGGCACAGCCUGGAAAAAUGGAAGGAACCAAACGGGUCGAGUUUCAAUACCAGGACCCCGAGGCCUCCCUGUAUUUGGCAGCCUAUUCAGCUUGAGUCAUGGUCUUCCUCAUCGUACUUUGGCAUGCUUGUCUUCUAAUCUAGCUGCCACUAAACUCAUGGCCUUCAGUUUGGGCAUAACCCCUGCUGUUAUUACCUCUGACCCUGAUAUUGCUCGAGAAAUUCUAAUCUCUUCCCACUUUGCCAACCGUCCUAUUAAGCAAUCCGCUAAGUGUCUCAUGUUCAGCCGAGCCAUUGGUUUUGCACCAAAUGGACCAUACUGGAGACUUCUGCGAAAAAUUGCGUCUACUCAUCUCUUCACUCCUAAACGUAUUUCAGCACACGAAGCUGGACGACACAUGGACUGUCACAUCAUGUUGAGGUUCAUUCAUAAUGAACAAACGCUACGAGGAGUUGUUGGUCUGCGAAAACAUCUUCAGACUGCUGCUCUCAACAACAUAAUGGGGACAGUGUUCGGCAAGAGGUAUGAUGCAACAUGCGACCAUGCUGAGGUUAGAAAGUUGCAUGAGAUUGUAAGAGAAGGGUUUGAGCUUUUGGGUGCUUUCAAUUGGUCUGAUUAUCUCCCCUGGCUAAACAACUUUUACGAUCCUUUUUGUAUCAAGAAACGUGGCUCGGUUCUUGUUGCUCGUGUUAGAGAAGUGGUUGUGCAAAUUAUUGAAGAGCACAGAAUUGGGGGGUCCAAAAGGGUGUGCGAUAAUUCGGACUUUGUUGAUGUUUUGCUUUCAAUGGAUGGCGAUGAGAAGCUUGAACUUGAUGACAUGGUGGCAGUCUUAUGGGAGAUGAUAUUUCGUGGGACUGAUACAAUUGCACUUUUGACUGAGUGGGUCAUGGCUGAGUUGGUUUUGAACUCGGAUGUGCAAGCGAAGCUUCGCCAUGAGCUUGAACUAGUUGUAGGAAACAAAGUUCUCACAGAAGCAGACUUUGCUAACUUACCCUAUCUCCGAGCUGUGGUGACCGAGACUCUACGUGUACAUCCUCCUGGGCCCCUCCUAUCAUGGGCACGGCUAUCAACGUCGGAUGUCCAGCUCAGCAACGGCAUGGUGGUUCCCACAAAUACAACCGCCAUGGUCAACAUGUGGGCCAUUACCCAUGACCCAAACAUAUGGGAAGAUCCAUUGGUGUUCAAGCCAGAGAGGUUCUUGAAGAGUGCGGGUGGUACUGAUAUGGAUGUGAGAGGAGGGGACCUUAGGCUUGCACCAUUUGGGGCAGGUCGUAGGGCUUGUCCUGGUAAAACCCUAGGGCUUGUGACGGUGAACCUUUGGGUGGCUAAGUUGGUGCACCAUUUCAAAUGGGUUCAAGAUGUGGCUAAUAACCCCGUUGAUUUAAGUGAGGUGUUGAAGCUUUCAUGUGAGAUGAAGAACCCUCUCACUGUUGUGGCUGUUCGAAUCGAAGGACUAGCUUCUGAGUAAGUGGAGCUAAGGGUUUAAUAAAACAACGGAGGCUGUGUUGGUUACUUAUGUAGGAAAGAGUUGUACGGUGUAGAAGCUCAUCCUUCAAUAAUCGCUCUAAUAUAUUUCUUCGUAUUUUUCUGUCA